UCUGCUGUUAAACUUGAAUGCAACAAGUGUCUCCCAAUAUAUGUAAAAUGAAAAUUUAUUUUAAUACCUGUUUAAGAUAUUAAAAUAUUCUCGACCGGUGGUGUGAAGACAGCAUACAGCCUUAAUAACCCUGGAGUAGUCAAUAGGUUGUUAAAUAUAAGAAAGGGAGUGGUUGUUGACCGAGGUGGUGUUGUGAGGGUGUGGUGGCAGCCUGGGCCGUUGUUGCUGGUUCAAACACACUCGCCGCCACACUCUCUCACUUCAACUUAUUUUACCACUUUUGUUCGUCUUUCCUGCUGCAAUCUGCACUUUUUAUUGCUCCAGCAACUACAGUGUUCAUACGAUGGGUGUUGAAAGUGAGCUGAACAUCGCCCAUUUCAGAAGACUUUUGGAGCAAGAGGCUCAAGUUCUCACAGAUAACUGCUUGAAAUGGAGGAAUAUAAUGAACUCCACCUCAGAUAUUCCUGAGGAUAUUGAAGGGGAUGUCAUGGUUGCAAUUGGUCAAGCUGAGCUUCUGAUGAAAGAGCGGUUCUCUCAGUUUGCUGGUUUGAUUGAUGAUUGUGAAUUUAAACGUGGGGAGAAAGAGGUAACCUGUCUCGAUCUUCAAGGGUUUUGGGACAUUAUUUACUUCCAG